AGUUUAAUGUUAUUGAUUAAAGAACCUAGUAAAAUAUAUAAUAACUAUUAUAAUUAAUUUUUCACGGUUUAAUCUUAUAGUGUUUUAUCUUUAUAACACAAGAGUGUUCAAUGUUCAUACAUCAUAUUAUAUUAGAUAAUAAUAUUAUAAUAAACUAGAUAUAUAACUAUACUGAUUGUUUUAUUUUUAACACUAAUUAUUAGUUUAACAGUGGAUUCUCCAGUGGACACGGCAAACAUCUUAGCUGUGUUCCCUCAUUAAGGCUUAAGUCAUAAUUUAGUUUACCCUCCAUGGCUCCAUGUAUUCAAGGACUUGCAACUUGCAAGUCGAGGACACAACAUCACUAUUAUCACUCACGGAUUGUAAUUUUACAAUUAUUGUUGGUUAUAUUUUCGUUCUUCCGAGAAGGUUUGUGUGCAGACAUUCUAGGUGUGUUCCCAAUCGAAGCCCCUAGUCAUCAGAUCAUUUUCGACUCGUACAUGUCCGAACUUCACCGCCGUGGCCAUAAUGUGACAGUGUAUUCACAUUUUCCAGACAUUGCCACCGAACAGUACAAGCGAAUACAAAUCAGCAACACGUCAUCCGUAUUGGACCCAAGCUACGUGACCGUGGACCAUAUGUACUCGCCGUCAACUUUAAAUAGUUAUAAACACAUGUUUCAUAUCGUGCGUAACGGAGAAACAUACACACAGUCCAGUGCACUGCGUCAACUGUACGGCCAGCCAGAAGACUCUUACGAUUUAAUUGUGACCGAAACAUGUAACACUGAUUUAUACCUGGCGCUGAUAGAACGAUUCAAAGCCCCGUUCAUUGCGUGGACUACAUCCCCAUUAUUUGUGUGGUCCGCCGAUCGCAUGGGAGCGUCCACUCAUCCUGCAUACGUGCCAGUACUAAUGACAAUGCACGGACCACAUAUGAAUUUUGCGGAACGGACUUACAACACACUGAUGCGGUCGAUAGCAUUCUAUAAGUAUUACACGGAAUCGACGAUAUCCUCUCAGAAAAUCGCUUCAAAACAUUAUGAAGAGUCAUCACACUUAGAUCAGUUAGUGUUGAGGACCAGUUUGUUGUUUGUAAACACAUACCAUGCUUUGUGGGGCAGCAGACCGCUACCACAAAACGUUAUCGAAGUAGGAGGUCUCCACGUAAAACCAUCAACACCUCUGGAAGAGGACAUCCAGAAAUAUAUUGACGAAGCUGAGAACGGAGUAAUUUAUUUCUGCAUGGGAAGUUUAUUACGAGGCGAAACUUUUUCACCCGAAAAAAGACAAAUGUUCUUGAAUGUCUUUAAGAAAAUUCCACAACGUAUUCUGUGGAAAUGGGAAGGAGAACUACCAGGAAAACCGUCCAAUGUAAUGAUUCGCAAAUGGAUGCCCCAACGAGAUAUAUUAGCUCAUCCUAAUGUUAAGCUAUUUAUAUCUCAUGGUGGCCUAUUGGGAACUACCGAAGCUGUAUAUGAAGGUGUUCCAAUUUUAUCAAUGCCAAUUUUUGGUGAUCAAAUGACAAACAUCAAAGCUGUUGUAAGCAAAGGAGCUGCAGAGAUGAUGAAUUACGGAGAUUUGAAUGAAGAUGAUAUUUUUAUAAAAAUAACAUCCAUGCUCACAAAUCCUAAAUACAGGCAGAAGGCUAAAGAGUUAUCAGAAGCUUUUCGUGAUCGACCUAUGCCUCCUUUGGAAACUGCAGUGUAUUGGACAGAGUAUGUCAUCCGACACAAAGGGGCGCCGCAUCUUCGGUCUGUUGCCGUCGGUAUGCCAUGGUACCAAUACUAUUUAAUUGAUGCAUUGGUUAUAAUUUUCUUAUCUAUAACGACAAUUUUUGUAUUACUUUACUACUUAAUUUUCAAAGUUAUUUCAAGAUUGUUGAAUAGAAAAUUUAAAGAGAAACAAUCUCAAUAAUAAAGUAAAUUUAGAUUAUUCUUAAUAAAAAAAUUUUAAAAUAGCGAUUACCAGGGCUAGGAUUUUAUUGAAUUUGCUAAUUAUUAUAGAAUACAGAUCAAAAUAGCUGAGUGAUAUACAUUAAUUGUUUUAUGCACCAGGGACUCCAAAUAUGAAAUUGUAUACUACUAUUUUUUGCUAAUUUGCAUAAUAUAAUAAUGUUUUAUUUAGUAUUUUCAUAAAUAUAGUUUAUAUUAUGGGGUAUUAAAAUAGAAAACGUCUGUAAUUUAUUUUGAUUACAUUUUAUUUGAAUCUAUAGCAAAAGUACCCUCAUUUUCGUUCAAAUUAAAAUCUAUUUUUAAGUAGUCCGGCGUAUUGGCCUAUCAAACAGUAAGCAAUUAUAACUCCUUACUGGUUGUAUGGCUAGUAUUUAUAUAUAUACUUUUAAUUCAUAAAUAUAAGUUUUUUUAAAAUGUGAACAGAAUAAAAUUUCAAUUUUGCUAUUUUUUAUGUUUUUUUGGGCAUAUUAUAGCGCUUGUUUUAUGAUUUUUUAGGUCAUAUUAUAGCCCAUAUUUCAGUUAUUUUUAGUGCUAUAAAAUCUGAGUUUUGGUGAUUACCUUCUUAUUAAAAUUUAUAAGUAUUUAUAUUAUAUAAGUAGGUUGUAGGUAGCUAUAUCGAAUUUUGGAAAUCAAAUAGUAGGUACUUGUAGGUAAUUAGUUACUAAUUAGGUACCUGCUAUGGCCAAUGGCAUAGGUAUUACAUAAAUUUAAUCAAUAUAAUUGUAUUUUACUUCAAAUACAUAUUGUAUAAAAUGUUUACAAAUAUAAUUAUAGUUUAUAAAUAACCUAUAACGGCUAUAAGUAAUAAAGUAAUUUUAUGUUCGCUAUUUAACUGUACCACCUAUACGUACAAUAUAUAUUUAUCUUAAAUCAUAUACGAUCUAUGUACGAUUAUUGUAUAUGAUCUAAGAUAUUUAGGUAUAAAUCCAAAUAUCCUGCAGUUGGUAACUACAAUAACUAAUAAGUCAUAUAAUCACUGUGACACUGUCGUUGUCGUACCUUAGAUCAGUGUAGUCAAUAGUUUCGUGGUAUAAUAGCUUAAAAUUAAUUUACAUAAUAUAUUAUCAUUGUGUAUAGUAAAUAAUAUUUAAAUAUGUAAAAAAUAUCAAGUCUCAACGAAUAAUAUUUAUUGAAAACUUAUAUGUAAAUAUUAUAAAAAAAAUUGUGCAUAUUAUGUAUUUUUGAUAUUUUUAGGUUGUUGUAAGAAAAACUUAUGAGGAACCUUGUACUAUAUUUUUAACGAUUUUUCUCACAACCAAAAAUAAUUAUAAAUUAUAAUAUAAAUAUCUGACGGAAAAAAAGAUCCAAAAUACCUAUUUUGAAAAUUGUCUUGUCAGAAAAAUGCUAAUAAAAAUUUGGUUAAAAAUUAAAAUCUCUAAUAAGAAACCACUAAAAUUUGACUCCAGGGAUAAUUCAUAAAUAAAGUACAUUUUAGAUUCUGAGUGGAAAUAAGAUGAAUGUAUUGAUUUUACAAUGAUGUAUUCUUAUUUUAUUUUAUUUUUAUUUUGUGUCUGCAGUCAUCACGGUUUGGGGCAGUAAAACUGCUUUGAUUUUCUUCACGCAAAAUCGGUUUUCCACCAAAUCGAUUUUGGUUUUUGGUGUAACUCUAAAACAAAUUAACGUAUAUACCUACAUGCAAUUUUCACUGGUCGUUAAUUUAUCUUAAGCCACGGUAUCAAUCCCCUUGGUCAUAUGCAUUUUGUUGGUUAUAAACCACAAAUUGGUUGCCAGUUUAAAACGAUUGUUACAUUUAUGUGCGGAUAAAGCCUAGAUUCACACUAUAGUAACCACAAAUUUAAAUAUUUUAAUUCGUUCUUGCAACCACACGGUCGAAAGUUGAAUAUAUUCAACAAAGCGGUAUCGUUUGGUAACUGUGGUAACAGUGAUUAUUUUACACGACACGGUGUAGUGUGAACCAAGAUAUAAUAUGAUAUAUUGAUAUAUGAUACAUAUAUACAGGGUGUAUGUCUAAUGUCAUUCUACGCGAGGUUUUUUAACGAUUGUGGAUUGAUGACAUGAAAUUUCGUUAAAACGAAAAAAGAUUUGUUUC